AUGCGACCGUCCGCUCUCAUAUUGUGCGGCUUAGCUGCCAUCCCGGCCCUGGCGGGUUGUCCCUAUGAAUUUGAAAAGAGGGGCGAUAAAGACGACAUUACCGAAGCCUAUGCAAACAUGCGUCGAAGUUUCCCAUCAAAUAUUGGAGCAGCUGCCGUCUCCAUAGAUCACAAUAUAACCACUGAUCCUUCCAAAAAGGGGGUCUUCAUGGUGAACCGACUUGCUCCUAGUGGAUUGAAGCUUUUGGAAAAGCUUGUUGCAACACCAUCAGUGGAAGAUUCAUUUGCGUUAUCCCUUAAUGGCAGUUUCGGUGCCUUUCUUUCGACCAAAAACAACAUGAGAGCCAACAUCUGGAUUAUGGACAUGAAGACUGGAGCCCUAAGGAACAUCAUGGAUACUCUGAUCGCCGCAUCAGACUCGUCGCCUAUGAACGGCUAUUUCCGUCCAGCAAGGUCCACUGACGGCGAAAGGCUUGCAUUUUCCUCCGAUCGCACAUCCAACACCAACAACACACAUAGUGAGUUUACGGUCAGAUCCGCAAACUUUACUCUUGUUUCAGUCAAUGUUGCGACUGGUACGGAUCGCAAAGUCGAAAUCGGUAGAGAGGGUGUUAAGAUCUUCGCGCAGUACAUAGACCACAACGGCAUGAUUGGUUAUCUGUUGAAAAGCGGCAGUGACAUCGAGGAUAUUUACACCACAGCUGGAUCGUUUUUUAACUCCUCAGACACCAUCUGCUACAAGAAGCUUUACGCUGGGACACAGACGGAUGACCUCGGCCUGGUUUAUGACCCUAGCGAACCUCCUUUCCUCCCUUCUUCGGAUGCCUCUGUUCUCGAAGCCUACCAACCAGAUUGGUCACCCGACGGAGUGGCCUCUGGUGGUUGGAUUGUGCGGUCAACUGCCAGCGGUUCUUUCGCGGAGGUCAUCGUGAACAGCACCUACUCUAUCACCAAUAUAACUGUGCUCAACACCGGCUACCCUAGUUUCUCCGAUGGCGGCAAGAAGGUCGUUUGCCGAGUAUGGGGCGCAGACACCGUAAUCUCUGGCGACCAUUUUAAACAUACUCCGACAGUUGGAAUGACCUGCACCUGCGAUCGGGAAACCGCCAGGUACAGAAAAGUUCCCGAGCUCUUGCCUGUGAUCGUCGCAGCCAGAAAGAACAACCUUGCUAGCAUCUCCACUGCCUAA